ACACACAGGAAGUGAGUUUUCAUCGCCUGCUGCAGCCUCUCAGUGUCCGUCGAGAUCAGGGUUACACAGUAGUGAAGAAGACAUACGGUGAAUGUAAGUCACCCAGCAGCCGCCCCUGUGUGUCAGGAGGACUGAGCAGGACCCAGUGCCCCAUCACGGUGCCUCCACCUCACUCACUGAUACAUGAGAGGCACAAUGACCAGAGGAUCCUGGAACUCACCAACAAGAUCAUUCAGCUGCUGACUGGAGAGGAGGGGGAGUAUAUAGAGGAACACAGGGGUCUGUACAAGGACGUGAUGAUGGAGAAUCAACGGCCCCUCACAUCACUGGAUGGACCCAGUAACAGAGAUACCCCAGAGAGAUGUCCCCGUCGUCUGUAUUCCCAGGACUGUACAGAGGAGAAUCACAGGAUCCCACAGGAGGAUCAGGGUGAAGAUCUUACAAAUAUAAAUGUAGAACAGACAUAUGUGACUGAUAUGAAGGCAGAAGAUAUAGAGGGAGAAGAAGAGACGUAUGUGACUGAUAUGAAGGCAGAAGAUAUAGAGGGAGAAGAAGAGAGGUAUGUGACUGAUAUGAAGGUAGAAGAUAUAGAGGGAGAAGGCGAGACGUAUGUGACUGAUAUGAAGGCAGAAGAUAUAGAGGGAGAAGAAGAGACGUAUGUGACUGAUAUGAAGGCAGAAGAUAUAGAGGGAGAAGGCGAGACGUAUGUGACUGAUAUGAAGGCAGAAGAUAUAGAGGGAGAAGAAGAGACGUAUGUGACUGAUAUGAAGGCAGAAGAUAUAGAGGGAGAAGAAGAGACGUAUGUGACUGAUAUGAAGGUAGAAGAUAAAGAGGGAGAAGGCGAGACGUAUGUGACUGAUAUGAAGGCAGAAGAUAUAGAGGGAGAAGACGAGACGUAUGUGACUGAUAUAAAGGCAGAGGAUACAGAGGGAGAAGAAGAGACGUAUGUGACUGAUAUGAAGGCAGAAGAUACAGAGGGAGAAGAAGAGAUAUAUGUGACUGAUAUGAAGGCGGAAGAUAUAGAGGGAGAAGAAGAGACGUAUGUGACUGAUAUGAAGGUAGAAGAUAUAGAGGGAGAAGGCGAGACGUAUGUGACUGAUAUGAAGGCAGAAGAUAUAGAGGGAGAAGAAGAGACGUAUGUGACUGAUAUGAAGGCAGAAGAUAUAGAGGGAGAAGAAGAGACGUAUGUGACUGAUAUGAAGACAGAAGAUACAGAGGGAGAAGAAGAGACGUAUGUGACUGAUAUGAAGGUAGAAGAUAUAGAGGGAGAAGACGAGACGUAUGUGACUGAUAUAAAGGCAGAAGAUACAGAGGGAGAAGAAGAGACGUAUGUGACUGAUAUGAAGACAGAAGAUACAGAGAGAGAAGAAGAGACGUAUGUGAGGGGUGAUCAGCAGUGUAAGGAGGAGGAAAUCCCUACAGAUAGCAGCACAGAUGGCGGCACAAGCAGGAAUGCCUUGGAAGGAAAUCUUAUCUUGCCUGCAGAUACUGACAUAGAAGAUAACAUCGCACGGGAUACUCCAGGAGACAGCCCCGUUAUGCUAAAUAUACAUCCAGUACCUCUCAGUGCAGAUAUAUCAUCUGAUCCCCCUAACUGCGAGGACUGUUCUCCUAAUACCUCAGAUUUUGUUACACAUCGUGCAGCUUAUACACCUGAUAAAGUAUUUCCCUGUUCCGAGUGUGGGAAAUGUUUCACAAAGAAAUCAAAACUAGUUGCACAUCAGAGAAGUCACACAGGAGACAAACCAUUUCCAUGCUCUGAGUGUGGGAAAUGUUUCCCACAUAAAUCAACUUUAAUUAUACAUCAGAGACAUCACACAGGUGAGAGGCCUUUUCUAUGCCGUGAGUGUGGUAAAUGUUUUACACUGAAAUCAAAUCUUGUUAGACAUCAGAAAAGUCACACAGAUGAGAGGCCAUUUCCGUGUUCUGAGUGUGGAAAAUGUUUCAUACAUAAAUCAGAUCUUAUUAAACAUCAGAGAAGUCACACAGGUGAGCAACCAUUUCCGUGCUCUGAUUGUGGGAAAUGUUUUACACUGAAACAAAAUCUUGUUGCACAUUUGAGCUCUCACACAGGUGAGAAACCAUUUCCAUGCUCUGAGUGUGGGAAAUGUUUCGCACAUAAAUCAGCUCUAGUUAUACAUCAGAGACGUCACACAGGUGAGCAACAAUUUCCGUGCUCUGAGUGUGGGAAAAAUUUUUCACGCAAAUCAGAUCUAGUUAGACAUCAGAGAAGUCACACAGGUGAGAAACCAUUUACAUGCUCUGAGUGUGGGAAAUGUUUUACACUGAAACAUAGUCUUGUUGUACAUUUGAGGUGUCACACAGGUGAGAAAUCAUUUCCAUGCUCUGAGUGUGGGAAAUGUUUCGCACACAAAUCAGCUCUAGUUAUACAUCAGAGACGUCACACAGGUGAGCAACCAUUUCCGUGCUCUGAGUGUGGGAAAUGUUUUACACUGAAACAAAAUCUUGUUGCACAUUUGAGCUAUCACACAGGUGAGAAACCAUAUCCAUGCUCUGAGUGUGGGAAAUGUUUCGCACAUAAAUCAGCUAUAGUUAUACAUCAGAGACGUCACGCAGGUGAGCAACCCUUUCUGUGCUCCGAGUGUGGGAAAUGUUUUACACUCAAAUCAGAUCUAGUUAGACAUCAGAGACGUCAUGCAGGUGAGCAACCAUUUCCGUGCUCUCAGUGUGGGAAAUGUUUUACACUCAAAUCAGAUCUAGUUAGACAUCAGAGAAGUCACACAGGUGAGAAACCAUUUACAUGCUCUGAGUGUGGGAAAUGUUUUACACUGAAAUCAAAUCUUGUUGCACAUUUGAGAUGUCACACAGGUGAGAAACCAUUUCCAUGCUCUGAGUGUGGGAAAUGUUUUACAAAUAAAUCCGAUCUUGUUAAACAUCAGAGAAUCCACACAGGUGAGAAGCCAUUUCCAUGUUCCGAGUGUGGGAAAUGUUUUACACACAAAUCAGAUCUUGUUAAACAUCAGAGAAUCCACACAGGUGAGAGGCCAUUUCCAUGCUCUGAGUGUGGGAAAUGUUUUACACAGAAAUCAGCUCUUGUUAUACAUCAGAGAACUCACACAGGAGAAUAGCCAUUUCCAUGUCCUGAGUGUUGGAAAUGUUUUACACACAAAUCACAUCUUUUUAGACAUCAGAUUUAACACAGUAGAAAAGCAUUUCUAUGAGCUGAUACAAAACAGGGUUGUAGCACAGCUCCCGUCACACAGUAUUUGAACAAAUUAAGUUAACCAUCCGCAGACAAUUGGAAUGGAUGUCAUAUAAGACUGGAGUAGAUCACUCGGGUUAAACUAAAGUGUAAUAACAGACCACAUUAUUGUUUUGUAGCAUCUACAUCUUGUGCAUUUCAGUUAAACACGUAACAAGAUAAAUUUGCAUUAUUUUUUAAAACAGAUUUUAUUAUGGAAACUCAGUAAAAUCCAACUUUCUCCGGCAGGGUCCACAGGAUAACAAUGGGAUAUCAUGGAGCGUCAGCAGAUUGGCACCAAUCACUCAAAGCUUUCUGGCCUCCAAGGAUGCAAUGGGCCCGUCCAUAUAUCCCUGCCCACUGGCUCAGGCAAAUCAUUUUUUUGUUUGGUGCGGCAGGAGCCGGACCAUGUUCAGAAGGCUGCUGCUCUUUGCAGCCCUAAGCUUUGUUAUUUUAUUUUUAUAGUCUUGCUAUGUUUUUUUGAGUGAUCUUUCUAAACAGAGUCUUAUACACAUAUUGGAAAGAGUCCCUCCAACAACUCUCCGCCAGGUCGCAACAACGCUUACCUACGAGUACAGUGCUGUUUCGGCAGGUGUCUGUGUCGGAUAUGCUAGCAAGUCCAUCAGACCUUACCAGGCUGUGGCCGGAGCACGGGGAGAAGGUAAGACAUCGGUUCCCCUUAGCUAGAUGGAAUACGGACACAGCCGCACUGUUUUGGGAGGAGACUACCAAACAGUAGCUGAUGCACCACCACCCCGGGUGUUCUAGCGCUAGGACUUAGGGAUCAUAGGCUGCAGGAUUAGUGUGAGGCCGCGAUCCCUAGGGUUGAUGUCAGUAGGGGGAGUCAGACGAUCUCCUGGUCGCCCCUCUCCCAGGUUCAUGACCAGUUUCCGCCGAGUCUCCCGCCAUGAACUGUUUCCUCGCUUUUGCCCAGAUGCUAUCACGAGGGGAUCUGGUCGCAGCUUAGGCGGCUGUGUGACCGGUGCGUCUGUGUUCACUGAUUGCUACCAGGAGUGGACCCGGUUGCAGCAUAGGCGGCUGUAUAACUGGUGCGUCUGUAUUCACUCAGCGUCUGUGUUCACUAUAGGUUCGUGGAGCGGCAGUGUACACUAGUAGCGCUGGAUCCACUCAGCGUUCGCUAACGUAUUGAUCGAUCCUGGAAGUGAGGCGAGUCUCCCUGUAUCCCACUCUGCUGAGUACGGGUUAUACAGCACUAAAAUCUCUUUUUUUUUAGUACGUAAAGUUAGAUAAGUGCCUAUUGCAUAUGAGUCUGUUACAUUUACUGUUGUUUCUCCAUUGCGUCUGAAUACGCUAGAUCAGUUAAACAUCAUCAGUAACUUAUUCUCCUACAUACUUAAAAGAUAUGUUUGUAGUUGAUGUUAUGAUCAUACUGCUAAUUAUAAUAAUGUAUAACAUGUGACUGACUACUAGUGUAUAUAGAUUCUAUAUAUUGUAAGCUUGCGAGCAGGGACUUCCUACCUCUGACUGUUUGUUAUCACCCAUUUUGUUAGUGUUAUUUCAAAUUGUAAAGCGCAACGGAAUUUGCUACGCUAUAUAAGAAACUUAAUAAAUAAAUAAUAAAAUAA